UGUUGGAGCGCUGGAAAAAACAGAACGCCCUGAAGUCUCGUACGAUUCACAUCGUUCCGUGUAGUCUCAUCGUUCGCUAACUGCAGUCAUGUCUGGUCGUGGCAAGGGUGGAAAGACCAAGGGAAAGGCGAAGUCUCGCUCGAGUCGUGCUGGACUGCAAUUUCCCGUCGGCCGUAUCCAUAGGCUUUUGCGAAAGGGAAAUUACGCCGAGCGCGUUGGUGCCGGUGCUCCGGUCUACCUGGCCGCGGUGAUGGAAUAUCUCGCCGCUGAGGUGUUGGAAUUGGCGGGAAAUGCUGCACGUGAUAACAAAAAGACUAGGAUCAUUCCCAGGCACUUACAACUGGCCAUUCGCAAUGACGAGGAGUUGAACAAGUUGCUUUCUGGCGUUACCAUCGCUCAGGGUGGCGUACUGCCGAACAUCCAAGCAGUUCUGUUGCCGAAGAAGACCGAGAAGAAGGCUUAAUUGCAAAAAUAACAUCGAUAAACACAACGGCCCUUUUCAGGGCCACUACAUUCUUCAUACGAAGAACACCUCGUUUGCAAUUAUUUUUAUUAUAUAGUUAUAUGUUGAGAAAGAGAAAAUCUUAGUUUAAAUUAAUCCUUUCCUUCAAUGCUUUUACCCAAUCUUUAUUUAAGUCUUCGGUACUUAGAAAUUUAUUUCUUAAAUAAAGUACAAACAUUUAUAUAAACUUAAAACUAUAUUCGUGAAUUUUUAGAUUCUAACUACUUUUAAAUCAAUGAAACGGUGAUCGAACUCGAAAUAUUCUCAUUACGAAUAAGGUAUCAGUUUUUAUAUUGUAGGGGUUCAGAUUAGUUUACAAUCCAUAAGAUUUUUUAAUGAAAUAACUUUAAUGUUAAAUAAUUGGACUUUUACACAUUGUGCUCGUAAGAUUUUUCGAGUAUUUUUAAAUAUUUCUUCAAUGAUAUGUAUGUGUUAAUUAAAUGUUUAAACUAAGUUGUAUGCAAAUUAUUUGCUCAGUUUUGAUAAGAUUGUAUAUACAUUAUAUACUUAGUACUAAUAAUUUUUUUCCGUUAGUUUAUGACAUUACACAAAAAUACACAUUUGUAAACUUAUUCUAAUUUUAGUUAGAGAUUUUAUUUUCCAUUUAAUCAAUGUGAAUUGGAAAAUUCUUUAUUUUUAAAAAGUAUAUUAUAUAAACUUAUAAAGGAUCAGUCUUUUUACAAUACUUAUGUUCAGAAAUUUAGCUGGAAAUCUUUAGCUAUGGGUGUAGCGAGUAUAGACUACACUCUCUCCCCACCACCGCUUUAGAGACCAAUCACAGGCAUGUACCGAUGUUAUAAAAGGCUGUGCAACGGCAGAGCGGCGUCACUUCUGGCUCGUACGGCGCAUGGGAUCGUUCUCUCGUAGUUGCGGAAGUUUCAAGAAUCAUGGAAUGGAAUGAUAGUAAUGUCAAAUAACCUUUCAUAAAUCGAUUAGAAAGACAAAAACUUCUCGCUUGUAAUUUGAAAUUAAAAUUUUUCGCGAAAGCGUACCUUUCUUUCUAUAAAAAAUAAAGCAUUGUACGCCGGACAAUAAAGUAAGAUUUAUGAAAUUAUUAGAAAAGCAUGAAGCUCUUUUAUAAUCUAUUAAUUAUUUUUUUAAUGAUUUGUUAUAUGAAAUCGCUGAACACUUCUAAAAAUUCUAUAAUUUCACAAUUAUGACGUUGCAAAAGACUAACGAAGCCUAUUGAGAUUUUCUGAAUAUACCAACUUUUCAAUUAACAUUAUAUCAAGGAAUACCUAAUUGAUAUAUUACAUUAAAGCCAGUGAAUAUAAUGCUGAAAAAAAAGAAUUAUCUUUUUUAAAACAUGCGAUUGAAUUCAAGUUCUGUAUAAAUAUUUCUAAUAUAAAAAUAUAUUUUACAUUUAGGAUGUCUCUUUUUAUCAUUAAAUUGUAAAUAUUGAAACGAGUGGAGAUUAUUUACGUCAAAGUGCGCAUAUAUAAAAGAGCUUGUACUACUUGUUGAUUUGUAUAGAUACAUUGUUUUUUAAGCAGUGCUUCCGCGAUAAGAAAUAUUGCAGAAAUUCUACCGUGACAGGAAGUAACGACAAUUCUAAAUGCGAUACUCGAAAAUUGGAGGCUAUCGCGUGACUUUUAUUCGGAAGAUUUUCUUUUCUCAUGCAAUAUUAUUGCAAUAGUAAAAAUCACAAUAUACCAAGCGGAGUAAUUUUUGAAACAUUGUAUUCCGCAAUAGCAUAGCAUGUAGAACGUGUACGGAAUGAAUUGUUCUUCAAUAUUUCUUAAUUACAAAUUAUAAGCACACUGCAUUAUAGCUGGAUUUGAGCGAUGCAAUGGGCGGGAAUUUAUUUGAAAUUAUAAUUCUGUCCGCGGAAAGUAAUGAGAUGAAAUUAUACUUCAUUCAUUACUUAUUACGGUGCCUAUUUUUCAUACCAUGUUUGCCAAGAAUCAACCGAGAAAAUUGCGAUAAAAGCUCACAGAGCAAAUAUUCGUUUCGUUAUUCCUCGUUCUCAUUCAUCCCUA